AUGGGAAACAUUACCAGCUGCUGUGAUUCUUGCUUCCAGGGGCGCAGGUCGCAGUCCUAUGAACCGCUGCUGUUGGAGAACGAACGAGAAGCAGUGGCCGACCUGCUACAAUAUCUCGAGAAUCGAACCACCACAAACUUCUUCACCGGUUCACCACUUUCCGCCCUAACAACCCUUUCUUUCUCGGACAAUGUCGACCUUCAACGGAGCGCUGCAUUGGCUUUCGCAGAGAUAACCGAGAAGGAGGUUCGUCCAGUGGGCCGCGACACCCUCGAUCCCAUCCUCUUCCUCCUCAGCAGUCACGACACGGAGGUACAGCGGGCAGCUAGCGCUGCUUUGGGCAACUUGGCUGUCAACACCGAUAACAAACUUUUGAUCGUGAAACUUGGUGGUCUGGAACCCCUCAUCCGACAAAUGCUCAGCCCAAAUGUUGAAGUUCAGUGCAACGCCGUCGGCUGCGUAACAAACCUGGCAACACAUGAUGACAACAAGACUAAGAUCGCGAAGUCGGGCGCUUUGGUUCCUCUUACUCGUUUGGCGCGUUCCAAGGAUAUGCGCGUGCAACGGAACGCCACUGGCGCUUUACUCAACAUGACCCAUUCAGACGAGAACCGUCAACAACUGGUGAACGCUGGUGCCAUUCCAGUGCUCGUAAGUCUCCUCAAUUCGCCCGACACCGACGUCCAAUACUAUUGCACCACGGCGUUGAGCAAUAUCGCGGUUGACGGCUCGAAUCGGAAGAAACUUGCUCAGAGCGAACCCAAGUUGGUUGCCAGUCUGGUUGCGUUAAUGGACAGCUCCAGUUUGAAGGUCCUAAUGUCAGCGGGCCUUUGCCUUUCGCAUCUCAGCAGCGAUGAGAAGUAUCAAUUGGAGAUUGUCAAGGCUGAUGGACUUCUGCCACUGCUGAGGCUAUUGCAAUCAACCUACCUUCCUCUUAUCCUCUCUUCCGCGGCUUGUGUCCGGAAUGUCUCGAUCCACCCGCAGAACGAAUCUCCUAUCAUCGAAUCUGGCUUCCUCCAGCCGCUCAUUAAUCUCCUGUCUUUCAAAGACAACGAAGAAGUUCAGUGUCACGCCAUCUCGACACUUAGGAACCUCGCUGCCAGCAACGAGAAGAACAAGUUGGCGAUUGUAAAGGCUGGCGCAGUUCAGCAAAUCAAGGAGCUUGUCUUGGAGGUCCCAAGUAACGUUCAGAGCGAGAUGACGGCUUGCAUUGCGGUUCUCGCGUUAAGUGACGAGCUCAAGGGACAACUGCUUGAGAUGGGUAUCUGCGAAGUACUCAUUCCUUUGACCAAUUCAACCAGCACCGAAGUACAAGGAAACAGUGCGGCUGCCCUUGGAAACCUAUCGUCCAAAGAAAUUCGCACUCCUUCAGAUGAUUACAGCGCGUUCAAUGAAGUCUGGGAUAAGCCCAAUGGGGGAAUGCACCUCUACCUCCACCGGUUCCUGACCAACGCUGAUACUACGUUCCAACACAUUGCUGUCUGGACUAUCGUCCAAUUGCUAGAAUCGGGCGAUCCUCAGUUGAUUAGCAACAUCCGAAGUUCGACACUGCUCGCACCUACCAUCCGUACUCUGGCUGUCUCCCGUCCCUCGACGCCUACCUCGUCUGUUGGAACACCUCACUCCCACCACUCUCAGCAUUCGUACCAGGACACGGAUGCGGGUGAUGGCCAAGCAGAGAUCCAACUGCUUGCCAGGAGAAUCCUUGAAUUUGUCGACGGAGAUUUGGAAGGCGUUCCGUCCAGUCUUCCUGCCUCACACAUUCAACCUGGCUCCUCGAUUGGAAGCACAAAUGGGCGAGAGCACGAAGAGCUGCGACGAAGUGUCCGGGAAGCCUUCCUGCCGGGCUCCCACCGUUAAUCAUCAUUGUCUUCCUUUGGCGGGCUUUCGCGAUAGACUUUCACACUCGGACUUAUACUUUAUUCCAUUCGUUCCUUUCUUUCCUACUCAUCUUGUUGAUAUCCUGUCUGCUCUGGAGACUUACUUUGUGCGUUCUAUUUUAUUGUCUUUGUUUUUCGCUGUUGUUUGUGUUUUUUUACUGUCCUCUUUACGACCUCGUUGACGACCCUUGUGGUAGAGUAACCAUGCCUCUAUGCAACCUGAUUAGUAU